UUGACUUGGAGACAUUAUGACAACUGUUUAAUUUAUUCAUUCCUUAAUUUAUUAACCUCUUUCUUAUCCAUUAUCAUACUUGAUUCCCACUUUUACAGAUCAAGAAACAGAUAUUCAUGUCUAAUGUGUGGUGAAGUGAGAAUCAGAUCCCAGAUUAGAAGAAUCUUAUCUUUAGGCUGGAAAUUCACUAAGCUCUUUAGAACUGGCUUUUAUAUUUCACCAAGAGAUACCAGAAAUUUGUUUGGAGUGCCAGAGAACUUUCCCUUUUCUCAGCUUUAGUUGUGUGUCUGCGAGGUGCCAGCUAUCACUAACCAAUGUUUUCUUUUCUUUGUAGCUGCUGAAAUAACAAUGGAACCCAUUACCUCUGAGGAAGAGCAAACAGCAACAGCUGAUGGCUUCUCAGAGCCCUCACUGACCACAGCCUCUGCGGCCUUGACUCCUCUACCUGCAGGUGCUAAUGGCCCACCAGCCCCCAACUCCACCUUAGGUUCUGAAGCUGCUUCCUCAAUGUACACACUCACAGGUGAUGGACUGUCAGCUACCAUCCCCACAACGGGCCCUUCGAUCCUUCACUCUACACUCAUACCAGCAGGAGGCUUCGUGGCCGUGAGGCUGGUAAAUGGCACAGGGAGGUGCUCGGGCCGAGUGGAGGUUCUCAUCCAAGGCACGUGGGGGACCGUGUGUGAUGACCUCUGGGACCUGGCCGAGGCCACAGUCGUGUGCCGCCAGCUACAGUGUGGCCAGGCCAUGGCCGCACCCACGGGGGCCCACUUCGGGGCAGGCUCCGGGAAGAUCGUGCUUGAUGAUGUGCAGUGUGUGGGCAGCGAGAGCCAUCUGGGGCAGUGCGUGCACAGGGGUGAGGCCAAACACAACUGUGGGCAUCUGGAGGAUGCUGGUGUCGUCUGCAGAGGUGCUGAUGGUUCACCAGACCCCACUCCAACCACAGAGCCUGAAACUGCCACCCGAGCAUACACACUGUCAGGUUGGUCCAUUCUUUUCAUGGUUCUUUUGCUUUGAAGAUUUUCCUCCUUAGAAUGUCCCUUUCCUGGGGCGCUUGGGUGGCUCAGUCGGUUGAACGUCCGACUUCGGCUCAGGUCAUGAUCUCAUGGUACGUGGGUUUGAGCCCUGCGUCGGGCUCUGUGCUGACAGCUCAGAGCCUGGAGCCUGCUUCAGAUUCUGUGUCUUCCUCUCUCUCUCUGCUCCUCCCCUUCUCAUACUCUGUCAAUCUCUCUCUCGGAAAAUAAAUUAAAAACAUUAAAAAAAAAAAUGUCCCUUUCCUAAACCAAGUUAGUAGGGUCUUUGCAUGGAACAACUCCAAGGAGCACCACCCUCCUAGAAUGC